UCCCGCCUGGGGUCGCGAGGGGAGUGCGGACGGAGCGGCCAUUUGGCCUGAGGAGGUCCUUCGCCUUCUCUCUGUGUGCUCCACUCGCAGCCUCCCUCAUGGAGACCACCGCCUCGGCCUCCGCCGCCCCUGCGGGCCCCUCUGCGGGGCCCUUCCCGGCUCUCUUCCCUCCAGGGCUGCACGGCAUCUACGGGGAAUGCCGGCGGCUGUACCCCGAGCAGCCCAACCCCCUGCAGGUCACCGCCAUCCUGAAAUACUGGUUAGGUGGACCAGAUCCUCUGGACUACGUCAGUAUGUAUAGAAACUUAGGGAGUCCUACCCAAAAUGUUCCUGAGCAUUGGCACUAUGUAAGCUUUGGAUUAAGUGAUCUCUAUGGCGAUAACAGAGUGCACGAAUUUACUGGACCAGAUGGCCCAAGCGGCUUUGGAUUUGAACUGACAUUCCGACUUAAACGUGAAACUGGGGAAUCUGCACCACCCACAUGGCCAGCAGAGUUGAUGCAAGGUUUAGCCAGAUAUGUCUUCCAAUCAGAAAAUACAUUUUGUAGCGGUGAUCAUGUAUCAUGGCAUAGUCCAUUGGACAAUAGUGAGUCUAGGAUCCAGCAUAUGCUGCUAACUGAAGAUCCCCAAAUGCAGCCAGUUCAGACACCAUUUGGGAUUGUUACAUUUCUUCAGAUUGUUGGGGUCUGCACAGAGGAACUCCAUGCAGCACAACAGUGGAAUGGACAGGGUAUAUUAGAACUGUUGCGGACAGUGCCUGUAGCUGGAGGCCCAUGGUUAAUAACAGACAUGAGACGUGGAGAGACUAUAUUUGAAAUAGAUCCACACCUGCAACAGGAUAGAGUUGAUAAAGGGAUUGAGACAGACGGCUCAAACCUGAGUGGUGUCAGUGCUAAAUGUGCCUGGGAUGACCUCAGCCGUCCACCAGAAGAUGAUGAAGACAGUCGGAGUAUCUGCAUUGGCACACAUCCCCGGCGAUUGUCAGGAAAAGAUACAGAGCAAAUCCGAGAGACUCUGCGAAGGGGGCUCGAAAUUAACAGUAAGCCUAUUCUGCCUCCAAUUAACACUCAGAGACAGAAUGGGCUGAACAAUGACAGAGCACCAAGUCGCAAGGACAGUCUAGAAAGUGAAAGUUCUACAGCAAUUAUUCCACAUGAGCUGAUUCGCACAAGGCAGCUUGAGAGUGUGCACCUAAAAUUUAACCAGGAGUCAGGAGCGUUAAUUCCACUUUGUUUAAGAGGCAGAUUGUUACAUGGACGGCACUUUACAUACAAAAGUAUUACAGGGGACACAGCAAUCACUUUUGUAUCAACAGGAGUUGAAGGGGCCUUUGCUACUGAGGAGCAUCCCUAUGCAGCACAUGGACCCUGGUUACAAAUCCUGCUGACUGAAGAGUUUGUGGAAAGAAUGCUGGAAGACUUAGAAGACCUGAAUUCCCCAGAGGAGUUCAAACUUCCAAAGGAAUAUAGUUGGCCUGAAAAGAAACUGAAAGUUUCCAUCUUGCCUGACGCUGUAUUUGACAACCCACUCCAUUAAAGCCAACUGACACAGGCAAGCAACAACUUAACUUUAUGCUGCCCAGUGACACAUGGGAUAAUUUAGUACAGUGAAAGCUCUUCCUGGAAAUGAGAAAUGUUGCUGCAUAACCACUGCAAGCAGAGGAGGAGUUACCUAACAGUAGUCCAGCCAGAACUGAACUCUUCUGGGUGUACCUGGCUUUCUCCUUUUGCAUCUUGGCUGAACUCUGAAUACCCUGAAUAAGAAUGAGUGUGAGAGUGAGACAAAGAGAAGUAAUUAACUAUGAAUAGUAGUUGUAAGAAUUCUUGCCCUAUUUUAACUGGCUCCAGAACUCCCUGCUGCUUUAGAUCAGGAUUUAUGUGUCUUGUCUGCCUUUGUUUAAUCACACAUUUUUCAGGUGUAAACACAUAAUCUACUAAUUAGAUGUGUUUUCUAUAACUUCAAAAUUCUUUUGUUAUCCAAGCUUCCCCAUUGUAACUCCCCUUUCUAUUGGAAAGGCUAUGAUCACCACCACCACCCAGGUACACACAUGCACAUUUAAACUGAGGUCAUGAUGAUCACUUAUGAGAGACGAAUUUGCAAGGGAAUUAUAGUCUCAUUGGCUCUAGGCACAUCAGAAUAGUCUAUUGACCUUCCAGCCCAGAUAAUGCAAGUACCUUGACUGUCAUUUUAGAUGUUAGGACUGGAAUUCUGAAGCCUGAUUACAUGCUAUUUAAAAGGACAUCUCACUUAAUGUCCCUAAUGAAGAGAGAAAGUACAGAGCAUACAACUUUGAUCCUAUUUGGGAAUAGUACAGCCCUAAAACAGAAGUUCCUUGGAACCCAAGUAUGUGGAUAUUUACUUGAAAGGAAUGAAUCCAGUGGGUUUUACUAGCCAGAUAGUGUGAUUUAGAUUGCAGCUUUAAAAUUCUCUCACUCUGUCUUGAGGCAAUAGACCAAAACAACCCAGGCAUCUUCAGUGAUAAGCUCAACAUAAACAACCUCUUGCUUGAUGUCUAGUAAAAGGGGCAAGUAAGAGAGCAAAUAAGAAUUAAAGGGUAUUCUCCUUGGAUGCAGGAAACUACUGAAUUGGUUGGUGGUUUGUUUGACUUAUUUUCUAUCUAGGUAGAAUCACCUCUUUUUGUUAAAAUUCCUGAUACUGCCUCUUUCUUGCAGCCUUUUUGCCAAACUUCCUUGUUUCAGAUUGCAGAGAACUCAAUAGGAAGUGGUUCAUGAGCUGAGAGAUACCUGUUCUGUCUUUAAAUCAGCUUAGAAAAUUCAUCUUUCCACAUUGCUGCUUGGAGUCAUAUUUAGACUUUUUAUUUAUGUUUGAGGAAGGUCUUGAAUUUAUUCUAAUAGAUACUGAGUCAGCCCAUUCCAUAGUGCCUUGGAAAUUAUGCGCUAUGUAGUUCUGCAAAUGGAAGAUCAAGAUUUACAGCCUAAUUUUGUGAAAGGUAUACUACAUUUCUUACAAAAUGUGACAUUGUGCUAUAGUUGGUUGGACUAACUUCUAAGGACAGGAAAGAAAUGGCAUCUCCCUAGUUCACCAAAAAAUGAAAUUGAUCACUGCUAAAGCAGAAAUCUACAUCUUGAAACUAACUUCUGUAUAAAUAUUCAUUUGUGAAGUAAGCAUAUUUAUUCUCUUCCCUCCUUGUCCACAAAGACAUUCUUCUUCAGCCACAUUGACAUUCUAAAUACCAUGUCUUCUAGGCAAAUCAAGUUUGAUUUUAUUUUCUCAAGAAACAUUAUAAAAGGUGAGGGGAAUCAUGCAGAAAAAGAUUUUUUUUCCAGCAUUGGUCUUCCAGAUCCAUAGUUAUGAGCAAGAUGGCGGGACUUCUGAUACCUUUUUAAAAAAUAAAUAAAAAAUAGGCAAGUUCAUUCCAAACUUCACAUGUUCUGCUGUCCUUAUUUGAAACUUAAAAUCUGGAUCACAUUCUUGUUGAUUAAAAUAAAAAUGUAAUCAUUUCCAUGAAGGUUCUCCAUAAUUGCCAUACAUACUUCUAUAAUGAGCAGACAUGUGAUGAUGCUUUGAAUACAGAGAUUGAUUAUUUGUGGAGGGGGGCAUGAUAUAGCCAAUGUGUGUGAUGUAAGCUCAGCCUGUAGAUCCCAUAUGGCCCAACUCUUUUUUGUAGCCUCUAGGAUACCUAAAAAUGUCUGGAAGACCCCCUUCCCCAUUUAAUUUUUUCAUGUAAAAACAAAAAUCACUUGAAAAUUGUCCAAAUCACCACAAGCAUACAUCCACAUGCAGAACUUUUUUGCAAGACAAAAAUUGGACAAAAAUAAAACUAAAGCAAAACUGGAAGUUACUUGUGGUUUUACUUUGGCUUUAUGUUUGCCAUCAGGCUGGCCCAUCAGGGGGAACAGGUGUGAAAAUUCAUCCCUAGCUCAAAGGAAAUGUUUUGUAUUGAGUACAGUUCCUGUAAAAUCUUUGGAGUCUCACUAUUCAUGUUAUGAUCUGGGGAUAGCAUAUACAGGGGUACCCCGGGUUACGAAAUUAAUUCGUUCCGCCGCCGCUUUCGUAACCCGAAAAUCUUCGUAAGGCGAAAAAACCAUAGGCGCUAAUGGGGAAA